ACAAGGAGGUUUGCACCAAGAGCAACCAAAGUCCAAGUUCUCCACUCAGGAGUAUUUUUUUGUUUCUGUUUUGGUGAGCCAAUGUGAAAGAACCUGCAGCUGAAUCAUGGAGAAAUUCAAAGCAGCCAUGGUCCUGGGCGCUGCUGGUGACGCUUUGGGCUACAGAAAGGGUCGGUGGGAAGGCUGCACAUCAGGCAAGAAGAUCCAGGAGGAGCUGGCUUCUCUGGGGGGAUUGGGGGCCCUGAAACUGGACCCCGAUAACUGGCCCCUGAGCGACGCAGCACUGAUGCACAUGACCACAGCCGAAGCCCUUAUUACAGAUUACUGGUGUCUGGAGGACCUGUACAGGGAGUUGGUGCGUCUCUAUGUUGAAGCCAUGGUGUCCCUCCAGGGUCGAGCCCCUGAUCCGGCCACAGUGGAAACUUGUGUUCACCUCAAACCUCACAACUUCCUGCUCGCUUGGCACACGCCUUUUAAUGAAAAGGGGUCGGGGUUCGGAGCAGCAGCUAAAGCCAUGUGCAUCGGGAUGAGAUACUGGCAGCCUGAGAGAACAGAGAGCCUGGUUGAGGUCAGCAUCGAGACCGGCAGGAUGACCCACAACCACCCAACAGGCUUCCUUGGCUCCCUGACAACAGCCCUGUUUGCGUCCUAUGCGAUCCAGGGGAAGCCUGUUGUGACAUGGGGCCGUGAGCUCAUGAAGGUCAUCCCUCGUGCUGAGGAGUACUGCAGGAAGACCAUACGGCACAUGGCAGAGUAUCAAGAAAACUGGUUUUACUUUGAGGCCAAGUGGCAGUUUUUCCUCGAAGAGCGAGAGAUUGAAAAGGAGGGACAGAACCGGCCCUCAUUUCCUGAUCGCUAUGAUGCGGAGGAAACGGAUAAAAUGUACAAGCGUUGGAGCUCAGAGGGUCGUGCAGGCCGGAGAGGGCACGACGCUCCCAUGAUAGCAUAUGACGCCUUACUGGCUGCAGGAAGCGACUGGGCUGAGCUGUGCAACCGGGCUAUGUUUCAUGGAGGCGAGGGAGAAGCCACCGGCCUGAUCGCAGGUUGUCUCUUCGGCCUCAUGCACGGCCUGAGCUCGGUCCCCCAGAACCUGUACCAGGAUCUGGACAAGAGAGGUCGGCUGGAGGAGCUGGGAGAAGCCCUGUACAAGGCUGCGUCUGCAGAGAAAUGCACAGACAAGUAAUCCUGAUCUCCACUGACCUGAACUCUGCAGGCUGUCAGAGGAACUGAAUCUGAUGCUAACACCACUCCCCUCCUCGCCCCUCGAAGCGUCCUGUCCUCUGCUCACUUCUUUCGCUUUGCUGUCCUUGAUUUAUUUUUUCUGUCCACUAUCCACAGAUAUGUCACAAAUUUUAAAAAGUAAAGACAUCCGC